UUAAUAAAAAAUGAAAGAAGAAAAAUAUAUCUCCAUUUGCUUCAUUAAAAUAUUCAUGGCCGUCAUAAUUAUUUUAUUUUCCAAAAAGCUUGCAUUCGCUCUAAUUACAAAGUGAUAAUAUUAGUGUAAAAUGCAUGAAAACAUUUGCCUGCAAUGUAAUAAAAUACCUUCUGCACCGACCCAUCGAUUGGUUCGAGAUUCUUGUGGCCACGAAAAAUGUAGAGUUUGCCUCCUAGAGGAUGAAAACGAUUGUAAACAAUGUGUAAAUAGUAUAAAUAAACAAAAACCGUCGAUAGAAAAUACUUUUAUGUUAAACAAUAAUGUAAUAUGUGAUAGAAAUGGAGAAAUUGAUAGUGCAGUGGUGGUAAAUAAUCAUACCGGAGUCAUACAAAUAAACGGGAAUGUACCUAGUACUUCAAACCUAAAUGGUGAAGUUAAACUUACACCUAAACCUCGUACUAUUGAGAAAAAUAUCGAAAAGACACCCGGGACUAAUUUUAAUGAAAGUGUUCUAAAUUCCCUAAAAGUAGAGAACAAAAAUAUUUUAGUGACAAAGAUAAAAAAGCCUGAUAAACAAAGAUCUGUCAAGAGAUCUUAUAGUUCCAUUAUAAUUCCAAAACAUGUAACUGUAAGGGAAGAUCCUUUAACUUAUCAUUGUACUAUUUGUGACAAAACUUUUACUACAAAAACACAUGUUAAAUAUCAUAUAUACUGUGCUGGUGCUUCAAAACCUUAUAAAUGUGAGGUAUGUGGAAAAGAAUUUAUUCUAAGAGCGCAACUUGAUGUCCAUUCCUAUAAACACAAAUCCUCUAAACCUUACGUUUGUCAUAUUUGCAAAAAAUCAUUUAGCGAUAGAAGCAAACUCACUAGACAUUCUGCAGUACACACAACUGUCAAGACUCACAUCUGUUCAAUUUGUGGUAAUGCUUAUAGAAGCAAGGAGAGUUUGAAAAUACACACUAUCAUACAUAAAAGCGAAAAGCCAUACGCAUGUAAAAUUUGUAAUGCCAAGUUCAGUAAUCAGAGUAACUUGAAUAAACAUGGAAUUGUUCAUAAAAAAGAAAAAACCCAUAUGUGUGAUCUAUGUGGUAAAAGAUAUAAACAAAAGUGGGCAUUGACUGUUCAUAAAAGUUCUCAUCUUAGAGGAAAAACUUUUGAAUGCAUUACUUGCUUUAAAAGUUUUAAUUACAGUAAAGAUCUACGUCGACACAGUCUCAUACAUGUUGAGACCAAACAAUACACAUGCAGUAUUUGCUCAACAACGUUCCGUCGACAAGAUAAUCUCAGACGGCACAUAAAAAAUACUCAUCCUGGUAAAAAGGGAGAAGUUAUAAAGAAUAUUAUACCUACCGCAUCAAACAUACCACCAGCUUCAAUCAAUUCUACCGCAACUAUUAAAAUUUUGCCGGAACAUAAAAGUACCGCUCAAAAAGAUAUUAAACCCAUAGACAAUCCAAAUGCCAUAAAUGUGAUAACAAGCGCCACGCCGGCUUUUACUUUACCUCCGAGUAGGGCCGACGUAGAGCCAGUAUCUCUUCCCUCUGCUGUUAAAUUUGAUUCCAGGGCUGCCGGCAGUGGCAGCGGCGAAAGCAGAGCCGGCAACAUCGCGCCGACGAGCGUCAUCAACCCCCCGAUCAAGCUCGCAUUUAAAACGCCAGCUUUUAAAAGCAACUACAAUAUUAACCGAGAUUUCGGCAAUAUGCAAUCCGUCGUUCAGCUUCCAAAUACCUACAACAUGGCGGAAUCAGUAGAGAUCUGUCAAAAAAUCAUGUCAACUGACACAUCUCUACCAUCUUUAAACAUCAUUCGCAAAGCCGCACCGCCUACAUCAACAGAAAUCUGUAAAAAAAUACUUGAUCCAAAUUCAACGCGUCCCCUGCAUUAUGAAACUUCAUUCCAAAACAAAAAACACGCUAUGAUCAAGAAUAUUAAGUUUAAAGUCCCUGUUCAGUAUACCAAUCAAUUUAAUAAUAAAGAAAGUAGCAAGUUAGAUGAGAGAAAUGAUGAUGAUGAUUCUAAUCUUAUGUUUAUGGAGCCUAGACCAGCCAGCGUUAUUGUUAAUAGCAAUGAUAUAGAUUUGGGCGAGUCGGGAAAUUUACAUUGGAGAAGAAGAACUUCGCAAAAUCUUACGUUGAGAAAUUGAAUUGAAUCGAAGACUGCCCAUUGGAAGACUGGAUUUUUAAUUUUUUUUCUAUGUAUGUUUCUUAGUAGUAAGGCAAAUUAAUUACUUUAGUGUUUUUUUAUAUUAAAGUUGGGUUUAAAAAUAUUUUUGUGUGAUUUUUCUUAUUAAAACACCUCUUAUAAAAGAAGUUGUAGAAAUAAACAAAAUUUGCUGGUAAAUGUGAGCCAUGCAUUUGCAGACUGUACCUGUGAUACUAUUUAGUUUCAACUAGAUAACACAAAAAUCCAUUUUUGACUAAAAAUAAAAUCUGAACAGACAUGUGGUCCAAUUACAGGAUAAAAUUUAAUUUAGCUACAAGUGCUUUAUAAUAAUAAAAAAUGUAAUACCUACUUAAAACGUUCAUAAAUUUUAAUAAGAAAAUUCAUAACAUUUUGUUUGAAUAUAUGUAGAUUUGUGGAGUAUAACUCAACCUGAU